CCCGCCCUAGUUCAGUAGCUUAAGGGGAAAGGGGGAGGGUGGAGGGGACUACGUAUUUUACUGGAGAUCGGGCAGUCAGUGCUUCCUGCUCCGUGCUUAGGGCCACUCAUGUCCCCGAACACCGAGACGCUCCGAGAAGAUGGACCCCGCUAAGAGGAGCGAGAGUGACUGGCAGGGUUUGGUGAGUGAGCUAUUACCUUUGCUCCCCCGCAGUUCCUGGUUUGCAAGCGCAAACUGGACAGCAAGAAGGAGGGCCUGCUGAUCCUGUCCAAGGAGCUGGACUCCUGUCAGCAGGAGCGGGACCAGUACAAGCUGAUGGCCAGUCAGCUGAGGGAGCGUCACCAGAGCCUGAAGAAGAAGUACAGGGAGCUCAUUGACGGUGAUCCCACUUUGCCACCUGAAAAACGAAACCAGGUGAACCUAGCUCAGCUGCUGAGAGGCUCCCGGGAACGCAACAACCAGCUGUCUCAGGAGGUGGAGGAGCUGAAUCAGCGGCUAUUGGAAGCGCGGGGAGAUAACAAACUCCUGAGGAUGACCAUUGCUAGGCAGCGGCUGGGGGACGAGGAGGUGGGGGCGCGGUAUUUCCCCCCACACGAGCGAGAGGACCUCGUCCGGCAGCUGGAGGAGGCCGGGCUACAGACCCGGGGGCUGGAGCAGAACUUACGAGAGGUGACGGACGAGCUGCAGGAUGUGCAGGCGGAGCGGGUGGCGCUGCAGGAGAAAGCCGAGCGGCUGAAUCGUGAGCUGGCCCGCGUGCUGGGGGGACACGAGGACCGCCUCGUUGACCUGGAUGCCCUCUGCAUGGAGAACAGAUAUUUACAGGAACGAUACAAGCAGGUCCAGGAAGAAGUCCGCCUGCUCCGGGCUAAUAUGAUUAAGUACAAGGAGAAUCUGGAACAGAGGAGAACCACCAGAACAGACCUGAAGUCUGACAGAAGCGCCCAUUCAGGGAUCUUCUCUGCCAGGGAAGUGCAAGACCUUCUGUACGGGAGCAGUGGCUGCAGCCUCCCUUCCACCCCCCAGUCCACAGCAGACCUCUGGUGUUUGACCACAACUCUGUUAGAGACUGUUCAGGAGCAGAACUUGGUCAUCCAACAUCAACGCAAGACAAACAAAAUUCUGGGAAACCGUGUGGCAGAGCUUGAGAAGAAGCUGAAGACCUUGGAGCUGUCGGGCCUGUGGAGCCUUCCAGGAGGAAGGGACACCAUUAGCUUGAGUGAGAUCGCAAGUCUCCGGCCCCCCCAACACCCCCAGCCCCCCCGGCCGGCCGAAGCGUCACCGCCGGCGACACCGGGAGAGCAGCCGCCUGAAGAUGACAGGAUGGAAAGUGGAGGAGCGUCGCCAUGGGAACAUACCACAGCUGCCGACAACAGCCACCCAAAAGCAUGGCCGGGCUCCCGGGCCGGUCCAGAUGGUGGUGGCGAUGUGGGCGCACCUGUUUUUCCGGACCUGUCGAUGAGCAGUGGCUGCAGAGACGGUGAUGGGAUGGUUGCCGAGGAGAACGUGGAACGCCCAGCAGUGGAAAUCGUGAGGCUGGAGGAGGCGCAUGGCACAUCCGAGCCGGGGCCCGUCAGGAUGAGGAGGGAGGAGGAGCAGGCCGAAGCCUCGGCGAGGCCUCUGUCGAGCCCCGGAUCUCCCGCGGCGUCACCAGUGACAGGCCUGCGCUUGCUGCCCUCUGUGGAAGACCACGCCCCAGGAGAAGAGCUUCCUGGGGUCGCAGGUAUAGCUGAAAGGCCUGAACCCAAAUCCUCACCGCAGGCUCUGGCCCCCACCUCCCCCUCCCACAGCCAGGACUCUGCUUCCGGCAGUACAGUGAAGCGGAGCGACAGCUUCUGCCGUGAGAGUCUGGCGUAGUCCUCUCCCUGCAGCCCCUCAUUCGGAAGAGAGACUGGGGGGCUGUUAGGGCCCCUAUGAAAUGGAGCAACACUCAGGGACUGGGGGGGGGGGGGCUCCCGCGGGGAGAGGAGAGCGAGCCUGUCCGCCAGCUGGGAGAUGAGGCAGCCGGGAGUGGGCUCCGCGUCACCAUCGCUUCCUCAGACCGCUGCGCCAAGCCGCCUCACGCCGCGGGUCGGUCUCGCUUUCUGCCGUACAUACUUGUCAGGAAGGUAGGCUUUUUUUUUUAGUGAUUCACCACUUGCUUGGUGUGUGUGUGUGUGUUGGUGUGUUAUUCAGUUGAAUGAAUUGUUGCAUCUUGUUUCCUUUUCUUUUACAUUACCAGGAGGUUUAUGGGCCUAAGUUUCCUUCUAAAGCUCAGGGAUGAUGUUCGGUGAGCAUCGGGGGCGGGGGGGGGGGGGGUAUGUGGUGCUUUCAGAACUUCCACUUGACGGGGAAAAAUGAUACCACCGGGGGGGGGUCACCGUUUGGGCAGCCCUUGCCAAAACCAAUCUGAAGAGCUGUCUCUCGCACUCGCGGACCCCUGACCAAGAGACCGGCAGGGUGGGAUUACUUCUGAGGGGUUCAGGGCGUCCCGGGCAAAGGGUGCGCAGAGCGGAUGACAGCCCCAGGGGGGAGGGGGUGUAAUUAGGGGGUGCGGCUGGGGAUUUAUUUAUUUAUUAGUAAAAACCUGAGGGAGAACCUAGAGGAAGCGGGUGUGUAGCAACCUCCCUGUGCACCUGUGCGUGGAGGUCGGUGCCGGCAAGCGGUUUGGCUGCCUUCGUCCAGUUUUAUUUGUUUUUGCUGCCUUUGCCAGGGGAAGGGGAGCCGCAGAUCUUCCCAUCCUUCUAGAAGGUUAAUAGCGUAAGCAACUGUUUGAGGUCCCCCCCUCGCCCGCGACCACUGCCACCCUGUGAGUCCUGGCCAGAACUGUACCAUGUCCAAUUCUUUAUUUACACCAGGCCGAUGCAAUCCGUCAUAUUUUGGGAAAUGUUACAGAACAAGGGUCCCGAGGCACCGGGGGUUUUAAUGUCCUGCUGUAAUUUGGAAAUUAUAACUUCUUGUGACUGGCACGAGUGGGAAUAUGUGCCAUGGAACAUUAAUUUUUCUCCAUACGAUGGAUGACUUCUUUUUUACUCUCCUAAAAUGCUUUAAUUAGCAUCACUUGCAUAUGCUAUGUAUACCACACCCUAGUCUCGGGGCUCCAGAUUAAUUAAAAUUAAUGAUUUUUUUCCUAUUGAGUCGGUGCUCAUAUUUUAGAAAAAAAAAACUAUUUAGGCUGUCUAAUGCCAUUUAUCGCAAAGCUUAAAUCCUACCAGUAAUACAAAUUUAUUCCGUAUGGGUGGUAGUCACGGUGACCAGGAAAUACAAUGUCUGUGCAGUAAACAGGCAUUUCAACAGAGACGGAUUCUAGGUCUCGCGAUUUCUGCUUAGGGGUAGAUGUUAACUUUGAAUGAGACGACCAUACACAUCUGUUUUUGUCUCCAGGUUUCCCAGGAGAUCGGCACACAUUGAGGUUAUUUAUCGUUACGAUUUUAACCCUGUUUUUCAGCUGUUUUAAGUGCAAAGUCUUCCCUUAAACCCAGCAUAGGACAGGAGGUCUAUUUCAAGCUGUGGGUUUAUUUUCCACUGAGGUUAAUAUGUAGCGGCCAAGCGAACGGCAGCACCGGGAAUGUCUCGCUGCAUCCGAGCAGACUCUCUGCUUGGGGAUUGGUGUUCACUUGACGCUGACUGCUUUCAGAUGGGGACAUGAGAGCGGGAUACACAGAGGCAAGUUAAUGAGGGUGGUUUUACAUGGCUGGUGUCACCGGAGGGAGGGGAGGGCGGCUGCUGAAUGCUGACGAGCUGCCACUCUU